AUGGACGUACUCCUAUUAGUAAAAUGGAGUGCGCUUGCUGAAACAGGAGGUCGUUACUCUCCCAGCGCGCGCCGAGUUCCCAAUGGAAAAAAACGUUUGCCGGCGUCGGGGUUAAGUAUGAAGGGAAUCCGUUGCGCUGAGAGAUUGGGGACACGGAGAGUGAAUCCCUGGCAGCAAGCCACGGGCCGGGCCGAAGCGCAUGUGGUGAAGAUUUAUGACUAUGCGUUCUGUGCUCUUGUGUUGCAGCGCUCCUGGGGACUGCGACUGUUGCUGAACUUGGGCGUGGGGUCGGCCCUGGUGUUCUUUGUGUCGCUCGGCGCUGCGCAAGCCGACCCCGCUAAUUGGGCAGCCGACCAUCCCACCUCCAGCGGUUGGGCUGCCGGAGAAAGGGGUUUGAGUAGUAAUUACGACCGAGACUUGUGUGGUGGUGUUGUGUGUGCUGAUGGUGAUGGUCAUGGUGAUAAUAAUGGUGGUGAUAAUCGGAGCGGGAACGCUAGAAUUGUAGUACGGGUGGUGGUAGAGGACGCUGUAAUAUUAGAAGAUCCUCUGGGUUAUGGUCGUAUCCGCGGUGUCUGGCAGAAGCGUCGUGCCGCGCCGUGCCGCGCCGUGCCGCGCCGUGCCGUGCCGUUCUGUUCCAUUCCGUGCCGCGCCGUGCUGCGCCGCGCCGUGCCGUUCUGUUCCUUGCCGCGCCGUGCCGCGCCGUGCCAUUCCAUUCCGUUCCGUUCCGUGCCGCGCCGCGCCGUGCCGUGCCGAGACGCGCCGCGCCGUUUCCGUCGUGCCGUGCCGCGCCGCGCCGCGCCGCGCCGUACCGUUCCGUUCCGUGCCGAGCCGUGCCGUACCGUGCCGUGCCGUGCCGCGCCGCGCCGCGCAGUUUCCCUGCUGCCGGCGGCGGCGCUGCUGACGGCGGGCUUCCUGGGCUACGCCGGGGCGCUGGGCGACGCCCCGCAGAGCAGCCCCGGCGGCCGCGCCCUGCGCGCGCUCGCCGCCCUCGUCUUCGCCCUCUCCACCUACGUGGCGCUCGCCGUCGUCCUCACCAUGAUGGUGGGCUACAGGGGCCUGGAGUGGUCGGAGGUGCCGCUGCUGCGCGCCUUCGAGCUGCGCGACGUGGACUGGGCGCGCCUCGUCAUGGCCGUGCUCUCCGUGCUGGGGCUGGCGCUGGCGCUGCUGGAGCUAGCCGCCCCCGCCCACGCCGCCCUCGUCGCCCUCGCAGGUACGCGCUCC